AUGGCAUCAAACACUGUCUUCACAUCAUCAAGGUCCCAACAUUCCCACCCCAACCAGCUCACGCGCACCUGCUCCUGCUCACCCACCACGCACCCUGGCUCCUUCCGCUGCACCAAGCACAAGAAGCCACCCCGAGCCAUGCCUCGGACCCCUAACCAUUCCGACCUUUCCAUGGCUGCAAAAGCCAAUUCCUUGAAGGCUGUUCUCUUGCAAAUGCUUAGGCCCUCCAGCCAUGACCUUCACAAGAGGAAGAGUUUCCAACCAAGGCCAACUAGGUUUUCCCUCAUGAACGCCGACACCGCUGCGGUUGCCGUUAGCUGA